AUGCUUCUCAGCAAGUGGACAUGGCAGCGGCUGCUGGUGUCCCUUGCCUUCACGUCUCUCUUCACAAACGUGCUCUUCCUCAUUAUGCCCAGUGAAGACCAGAGGUGCGUUGCGAUCCAUUCGGCCCUGGAGGAGAAGUACAAGGCGGCGCUGAGAAGGCUGGACGAGCUGAAUGCCUCGCUGUCGGAGCAUGCAGAGGUCUUGAGGAUGGAGAGGGAGGAGUUCGAGAGGGAGAAGGAAGCGUUUCAAAGGAUGCAUCAGACGCAGCGGCAAGGGGCGGUGGAGGACGCACCAGUCAAGCUCGCCGUCGGUCAGGCCGUUAGGGAGGAGGCCAACAGGUUGCCCUUCAAGGAGGUGCCGGAUGCUGUUGAGGCCAGGGAUGGCAAGUGGGAGGGGAGGACGAUGAAGACAAGUGAGAUCUUGCGGAUCCUUCACCUCCAAGGAAUCAGCACCUACGGGAUCGUGGAGAAGUCAGAGCUCGUCGAUCUGCUCGAGAGGCGGGGGAUGUGCGGGAAGCAGCAUGGUGAUGAGGGGCUAAUAGGCGAAGAAGCGGGAGACUGGGUGAUCCAAGAGCACAAGCACAAGAGGUUCGCAGAAUUCGCCAGGACGAGCGCCAAGGCUGCUACAGGAGUGAUCCUCUGCACUGCCGUCUGGGAUGCCACCGCCUUCCUCGGGAACCCUCUCGCUGUCCCCGGCCUGGUUGACAACGCUCUGUGCGGAGCUCUGGCGGGCCUCGGGCUGUUCGGGACUCGCAAGUGA